AUGCGACAACCGGAUAAGUUAAGGGUAGUAUCUGUAAUAGUCACCUUUGAUGAUGAUAUAGAUAAACUCUGUGAGAUUGAUGCAGUGACUACCUAUGAUGUGGGAAUAAUGAUUGUUCCCAUUGAAGAGAGAUUAGGUGUUGAAGCCUUAGACCAGUGUUACAGAAUAUUCAUCAAAGAUUUCUCAAAGAUUACAAAUUCUUUAUGCAAGCUUCUUGAGAAAGAGGUGAAGUUUGAUUUUGAUGAAGCAUGUCUGAAAGCUUUUGAGUGCUUAAAGGAUAAGUUGGUGUCUGCUCGUAUCAUUGUGUCUCCUAAUUGGUCCUUGUCAUUCGAGACCAUCUGUGAUUCAAGUGGUGUGGAUUUAGAUGUUGUUUUUGGCCAAAGAAUAGAAAAGAUUCUGCACCCUAUCUACUAUGCUAACAAGGCAUUGAACCCUGCUUAG